AUGUCCCAGGACCCCAUUCUCGCGCGCAUCCUCGCCAACAACGCCCAGUGGGCCGCCGACGUCGAGCGGGCCGAGCCUGGGUUCUUCGCCGAGUGCGCGAAGGGGCAGGCCCCUAAGGUGCUCUGGAUCGGGUGCGCCGACUCCCGCGUACCCGAGUCCGUCCUCACCGUCUCGAAGCCCGGAGAUAUCUUCGUCCACCGCAACGUUGCGAAUCAAUUCCCCCCGGACGAUGACAACACGCUGGCCGUGCUCACCUAUGCAGUGCUCCACGUCGGAGUCUCGCACGUUAUCAUGGUUGGGCACACACAGUGUGGAGGCGCCGCUGCCUGCAUUGCCGCUGCGAACGCCUCCCCUCCGGCCGGCCCCCCCUCUACGCCUCUCGACCGUUGGCUGGCGCCCCUGGUCACGAUCGCGAAGGAGACGGGCCACGGUCCGGCGGAGCUCGUCGAGGCGAACGUACGCGCGGGCGUUGCGAACAUUGUGGCUUCGGACGUUAUGAAGAGCGCGUGGGUGCAGGGCAAGGACGUGCAGGUUCACGGCUGGGUAUACGAGAUCGAGAAGGGCCGCCUGAAGGACCUCAGGAUCACCGUCGGCAAGAACAGCGCUUGAGCUACUUGCGCGGGCGUUCGUGUGGACCCAUGUACUGUAUAUCCAGGAAGGGUAUACCUAAUGGUUUGUUGAUACCGUCUAGAGAAAGAUGUAACAUACAGUAAUGUCGUCCGAAGUUCCGUCAAAGUUUCUGACCUAUUGAAACACCAUCGAA